CUCGUGCAUUUCUAGGUUUUUAAGCUCUGAAGCUAACUUGGAGUCAAGGUCGCUGACCAUAUAUUAACUGAAAUUAUAUCCGUACAAACGACUCCACCCCAUUUCCAGGCUCUAUACAUCUACUCGUUUACCCCACCCUCACCCCUCCUUAUACCAUCGAUUACAUUCCGCACUCGCCCAACAUGGUGCUUGACUACAGCAAAUGGGAUGCACUGGAGCUGUCUGAUGACUCCGACAUUGAAGUGCACCCGAAUGUCGACAAGCGUUCUUUCAUCCGGGCCAAACAAGCCCAGAUCCAUCAACAACGUGCCCAACGCCGCCAUGAGAUCGAGACGCUGAAGUACGAGCAUAUUGUCAACAACGGCCUCCUUUCACGAAUCGAUAAGCUUCUUACGGCCCUGAAGCAGAAUGAAGGCUCCAAGUCCGUCGAGGAAGUGAUCUUCCAGAACCUUAUGGAGUUUGCAGGCAACCCAUCGGACGACCAUCCUCCCGCAGCCCCGGCAGGAGUUCAUACUCAGGAGAAGGAACAGCCUAAGUACUCACAGAUGAUGAGCGCUCUGGUUGACCAGGUGAAGAAGGAAAUGGGCGACGUCAGUUCGGAGAACCUCUAUCAGGAAUAUAUCAAGGGUGUUCAGAGGCACAACGAUAAGGUGCAGGGCUUACAAAAGGAGCUUCUCCAGAGACUUGCCCAGCUUGAGAAGGAAGAAGGCAGCAAGAUCACCAGUGAGGGGUUGCACGAGGGGUUCAACACUUCCCACAUUGCCAAGCCCGGCGAAGCUAAGGGCGAAAAGACGGAGACAGUCGAGCUUCUGAACCCUGGAGCUUCUACGGCGGGCUCAUCCCAGCAAGCUGCUGCCCCAGCUGCUGACGAUGAUGACGAAGAGGAGGAUCCCGAGAACGUCAAGGCCAGUGAACUUGCCAAACGGUUCGCGAAAAUUAACCGCAACGAUUACCGUGCUUUGCUUCAAUUCAUCUCCGAGAACCCCCAGAUUGUUGCUGAGAAGGAAACGGAUGGUCUAUUGGUUGAAGCUUUCAACAGCCAAAUGGAGGGCAAAGAAGACUACGCCCGCACCUGCGUUCACCAAGGCUUGUUGUUGCAGUACUGCCGCUCCCUGGGUCGGGACGGUAUCUCGCUUUUUUUCAAGCGUAUCACAAACGCAGACCACCAGGCUGGAACCCUCUUCCGGAACGACGUAAACGAAACUUACCAUAAAAUUAAGACCCGCGCCGCGGAGCUGGCGAAAGACGGCUCUGCUUCUAACGACCCCGCUGGAGUGGAACAGAUCCAGCUGCAUGCAGUCGACCCGAACACUAAGAUCACCAUUAACAUACCCUCUGCUGAGGGCGAUGACCCUGUUGAGGUUGAGGCGCGCAAGGUGUACGAAUCGUUCUCCAAGGAUCUACAGAAAGCCUUGGCGUCGGAGUCCUUGGAUGAGGUCAACAAGGUCCUCGGUAGGAUGAGCGUUGAAGAAGCUGAAGAUGUCGUUGAGAAGCUAGGACAGAGUGGCAUGCUGAGCCUGGAGGAAGGCAUUGUUGAUGCGACCACGGAGGAAGGAAGGAAGAAGCUGGAAGAAAUCGAGGCAGAGAACAAGAGGGAAAGAGAGGAACAGGAAGUAGGUGAACCGGGAGGCGAUAUCACCGAGCUGGACUGAGGUAUGAAAAAUGAUAAUGCAUAUGUUUGGGAUGGUGGAAAUGUUUGUAUUCGUCAACAGCGACUGUGUUAAUGGUUGAUUUGGAUGAACUCAGAUUGUUAAUGUAGCAUCUAAGCCCCUACCUCCGAGUAG